AUGGCUGACUUGAGGAAAUUCGUCCGGUUCGUUUUGAAACGGAAUUCAAAGCCUCAACACCGGGAAGUGCGCCUCGAAGCACCCCCAGACAACACCCAAUGUUUUCAUAAGACAGUCUUCGCCGAAUACAACGCCGAGAGGUCCAAAUUUGAGAUCCAGCAGCUGAGGAAUCUCUUCAGAUGGCCCGCUUAUGCAAAAAGCAACUUUACCCUCGUUGGAGGGAAACUGCUCCUGGAGCUCACUUCAACGUGGUCGAAGGUCGAGAGUGCCGCAAAGGAAGCAGGCAGCACUCCCGCAAAGGAGCUCGACUGGAAUAGUAAAUUGGAUCGCAAAUUAUCUCGCGCUAUGGACGUCGAAAUAGAGCUUGUUGAGGCUGAGGAUGAGAGCAGCUUCCUGACGUUCUCGGCGCCUUCCCUUCGGGCCUACUAUCGAGACUCUCCGGGAAAGGAGCGAGUCAAUGCUCAUGUCUUGAUGUUCAAGAUGAUCAGCAGCAUUCUCACCAUAGAAGGAGAAAACCCCCAACAUCAAUGCGAAGAAAGAACUAAUUUCGUUGGCGUCACAGUCCCGGUCCGAUUAUUUGGAUGA